AUGUUAGAAGAAAUCCAAAUCAAACGAUCAAGAAGAGGAGAUCCAAACAAGACCAGAAUUGCUCUGGAAAAUAACGAUGACAUGGAAAGCAAACUUUCCUUAAUGUACAGUUGGGUAAUUUUCGACCUGAUCAUCAAAUCGUUGACACUCUAUCUCCGAGAGAAGAAGUUCUUGAACAUUACUGAUAGAAGCAAGAUGUUUACUGGAGGAAAUGGUAGAUUACUUGAAUUCCACAACAUUCUCUCAAGGUUAGUCAAGCUCGUAGCCGCAGAGACGGCAUACAGAAGCGGUGCUGGUUUCAACGUUGCAAAGUUACUCAAUUCAAACUUUGCCUUGUUCUUGAGAGACUUGUUCAAUAUCAUGGACAGAGGUAUAGUCUUGUCUCACAUUGAAACAUACAUGAACUUGAUUACAGUCAAGGCAGGGUCAGAAGGAAAUGGAAACUACGAAGUGAUUCAAGAGUUCAGAAAUACCUUCUUGGAAAUUAUUGUAGACUAUGAACACUACGUUCCUCUAUCAAUGCCCUACUUUUACAAGCCUAAUAAGAAGGAUGUAGACCCCAAUGAAGAUUCACAGAAUAUUACUGAUGAAAUCAAGUUGAGCAAUAAUCACUUUUUGUGUGGAUUGCUCAUGAGAUGGUGUAUUGAGGAUUUAACCAACAAGGAGAGAAUUGUUAGAAGCAGAUCAAUUGCCCUCAUGAGAAACAUGUUAACCAAACAUGAGUAUGACAAGAGAUAUCAGAACAAGGAUGUUCAAACAGCUAUUGCUAACAUGUACUUUGCCUAUGUUCUAUUAUUUAUUGACAUUUUCCACAAAUUUAAGAAGACUAGUGAAUCUAAAUUGACGGAAAUUAGAAACCUUGUCAACAAGUCCAAGAACGAUUACCAAUUAAAACUGACAGAACUCAGUAAGCAACAACAAGAAUUACAAGAUCAGCCUCAGCAACAACAGCAACUGAAAGACUUGGAAGAUUCAGUCCAAACAGCAAAGAAGCACUACAACGAUACUCUCACACAAUUCAAGGAUGAGAAAGAACGGUGUAAACUUGAAAAACAACAAGCUCUCAUUUCAGUCUUGUUUAUUCUGUACAAUAUGGACAGAGAACUUUUCAUGAAAUGGUUUGAGCUCGAAGGUUUCAACAGAAAGAAAACUCUCCUUCAAUUUAUUUACAUGGCCGUGCAGGUAUUCCAAUACAGUGGAAGGACCAAGAUUGAAGAAAAUCACAAGUUGGGUAUUGGAGCACACACAAAUACUGGCAAAUCUUUGAAUGAGGCAAAAUCCAAGUUAGAAAAUUUGUACACUUCACUAGAUCGCAGAAUUCCAAACAGAGCCAAUCCCAACACUGGUCGUCGUAACUUUAGGGAAAGAAUGAACUUUUCCACUCAAAACAAAGCAUCUGUGAGAGGUGGAACGGGCAGUGUUACAGAAACAUCAUUAUUAGCUCAAAUGGGUAAAGGCAACACUGGAAGCAUUUCUUUGAAGAGCUCUACCAUGUCUCAACCCUUGAAAGAUUCUGAAAAGAAGAUUAUUGAUGACUUGGUAUUGUGGGAGUCUAGAUUGAAUGUUGAGAUUUCUAGCUGUAUUCUCUCUAUCAUGUUGGACAUUUGUAAAAAGUUCCAAUUUACUUCAAUCAUGGAUUUAAUUUUGAAUUUGGAGAUUAAUAGAAAGAGAAACGAGUUGGAACUUUUCCAUCACAUUUUCCACAUUCUCAUGUCCUUCUUCAAGACAAAUCAAGCAGAUUGCUGUUUAACUGGUCUUUACCACUUACUUCGAGUGUUUAUCAAGAAAUUCAGAUCAACCAUAUUCACCAGUAAGAAUGCUGAAUAUAUCGAAGUACUUUGUAAACUUGUUUUGAGACAAAGUCAAUCUGUGAUUGAUAAGGUGAGAAGUCAAGCAACUGCUCUUUUAUACUGGAUGAUCAAACAAAACUAUCUCAGCGACGAUCUCUAUAACUUUACCAGAACCAAGAUUCAAACCACUGUUGCUCUCUCAUAUUUGGCAUCUGAAUUUGAAAAUGGAGUGAAUAUUCAACUCUUGAGAGAAAGUUUCCAAAUUAUUUCCGAUUAUGCUCAAGCAGAUUCAUCAGUUCCACAAUUAGCUCCACAAGAUGCCUUCCACAACGCUCAAAAAGUGUUUGAGAUUAAGAAACCAUCGGAGGAGGACGAACUUGCAUACAAGAUGCCAUAUAGUCAGCAAGUGAAGCAACUCGUCGAAAGACUGAGAAAGACUCUCCUCGACACGGUUCAAAUUGAAGAGCUCAAGAAGAGAAAGGCUGAUCAAGAGACCAUGUGUGACUUGUAUCAUAGAAUUGCUGGUGGUUACAAGCAUGCACCUGAGCUUUCUGUGACUUGGUAUCACAACCUUGCUCAAGAACACAUCAAGCAUGAAAGAUAUAUCGAAGCUUCCCAAUGCUACGUCUACAUUGCUGGAGUUGUGUUUGAAUACUUAAAGUUGAGACGUGACAAGUCGGUCUGGGGUAAUCAAUAUGGCACUGAUCAAAAGAAAAUUUCAGAACUUUCUCAACAUUUCUUGAACAUUUCUCCAUAUCUACGAACUGAAAACUUUUUAGAGUUGAAAGCUCUCUUCCAAAAGAAAUCAACAACAACGGAAAAUAUUGGACCAGAAUUUGAAUCUCACUACUUUAACAGAGAUGGUAUGGUACAACUGCUCUAUAGCGCCAUCCACUAUUGCAAAGAAGAUGGCUAUUAUGAAUUCAUGGCAGAAUUGCACAAAUUGUUAUUAGGUCUUUUUGAGAUUGAAGGUGAUUUUGAGCGAAUGAAGAACGAAUACAAUGAAUUAAGCAACUUGUAUGCCAAAAUGGCUGAACCAAAAACUAGAACUGCUCGUUUAUUCGGCGCCUAUUACCGUAUCUAUUUUGUUGGAAAGCUCUUACCUGACAAUGUUCGUGAGAAGGAAUUUGUUUACAAAAUGCCCAAGACUACUCGUUUGAACAAUUUAAUGACCUACUUGAAAGAUCAUUUCCGUUUCGGAAAGGAACUCAAAAUUAUUGGUGACUCUCAAGUCAUUACUGACGCCAUGAAACAAGAGGAUGAGGCCUAUGUCCAAAUUACCUCAGUGAAACCCUAUUACACCAAUAACGUUGUUCAAUAUGAAAUUCCAAACAGUGAUCGGUACUUUAAUGAGAAUGUGAACAUUUCAAAGUUUAUUUUUGAAACUCCUUUCACACUAGCUGGUAAAAAAUCACAUGGAAACAUUACUGAACAGUGUAAGAGAAAGACAAUCAUUACUACCAAAUUUACUUUCCCUUCUGUACUCAAUAGAAGUGAAGUAUUAUCCAAGGAAUAUACAGACUUAUCACCCAUCGAGAAUGCUAUUGAGAUUGUUGAAGGAUCCAUCCAAAGACUCGCCAAUGUUUGUAUGGGUGCUGAAAAUCUUACCAUUGGAGAUAAAGAUGAGGAUAAGAAACAAGUAUUUAGAUUUGGUAGAAUUUUGGAUGAUGAUUUUGAUGUCGAUGAAGAGUUCAUUACUGACCAAAGUGCAUCUGCUGUUGAAGCUAUGAACGUUGUUGCAGCUGAAGUUGUUUCCAAUACUCCAUCAUCUCCUAAUGAUGACGGUGAAAAGAAGAAAGCACAAUCUGCACCAAUUGACGUGAGUCAACUUCAUCUUGUACUCACAGGUGUUGUUAUCCCAACUGUGAACGAAGGCAUUCCUCACAUUGUAAAUUCAUUCCUCCAUCCGAAUGAGGUCUCUAAAUACGAGGCAGAAUUUGUCACCAAGCUGAAGAGCGUUUGCGUGACGUUCUUAAAGAGUUGCCAUAGAGCAAUUUUAAUUAGCAAUGAGUAUUCCAAUGAGGCUCAAAGACCAUUGCAUAUCAAGUUUGAAGAAGGAUACGAUGUUUUGGUUAACGUUUUUGAAAAGUGCAUUGACAAUAUUCCAAAUGAAAUUAAGACUAUUCGAAAGCACUAA